AUGAAUUGGGGAAGUGAUACCAGUAGCUCCCUCCCAUCACACAGACGAUAGAAAAUAACAUCAACAUCCUUUUAACAACGUGACCGCCGAGCCUUGUCUCCAACCGUGAUGUUACUACUUCGAGUACUGUAACGCAGUAGCCAACGCUUUAUCUUUUUUCGUAUUGCAAAAAAAUCAACCAAGGAUCCGCUGAGGUUAUAGUGAAAUAGAUGCUUCAGCUGAAUGACUCCGUGGACCCGGGUAGCCCCGGUGCUGCGGUGCUCCACGCCGUCGAGGGGGAGAUUGAAGAUGGGGUGGAGGUAGCCUUCACGCCGCCAGGGGCCGUAGCUAGCCGGGGGUUCGGUUCAGCCGUGGCUUGCUGCUCCCCUUUGCAAACACUUAAGCCUUUCCAUGUUACCAACCCAACGAUGCAAGCGAAAGUUAAAGAUUAUUUCGUGUUUAGGCCAGGGACUAUUGAGAUGGCGGUGAACGACAUCAGAACGGUGGCCUUGCCAUCAGAAGACGGGGAGGUGCUCAGUGUGUGGUUGCUAGCAGAAGUUGACCAUUGGAACAAUGAGCGAGAGAGGCUGGUGCUCAUUACUGAAAGGUCUUUGCUGGUGUGCAAGUAUGACUUCAUCAACCUACUGUGCCAGCAGGUGAUCCGAGUCUCCCUCAACGCGGUGGACACCAUCUCUGUGGGAGAGUUUGAGUUCCCCCCCAAAUCACUCAACAAGAGAGAGGGCCUUGGCAUGCGAGUGCAGUGGGAUAAGCGCCCACGGCCCUCCUUCCUGAACCGGUGGAACCCCUGGUCCACUGACCUGCCCUACGCCACCUUCACCGAGCACCCCAUGGCAACAGCAGACGAGAAGGUCGCCUCCCUCUGCCAGCUGGAGAACUUUAAGACCCAGCUGGUGCAGGCGGUGAAGCGGGCCCACAAGGAGCACCCCAUACCGGGCCGGGCCAACGGGGUGCUGCUGCUGGAGCGCCCCCUGCUGAUCGAGACCUACCUGGGCAUCAUGUCCUUCAUCAACAACGAGGCCAAGCUGGGCUACUCCAUGACCCGUGGCAAGAUCGGAUUCUGACUGACCCACCCCGACCACUUCCUCCUCCUCCUCCUCCUCUUCCUCCUCCUCCUCUUCCCCUGUGGUCCCAGAGCCUUGGUUUGGGCCUGGCCCUAUUCUUAAGGCCUCUGGUUUGUCAUUUUGGUUUGUUUGUUGGUUUGAUUGUUUGUUUUGUUUCAGUUGCCGUUGUUGUUUACUUUGUUCAAUCUGUUAGCGCCAAAUUUCAUUUCCUGCUGCGCUGCCUCCUCUGAUUGGCUGUUUGUCGUGCGUGAUGGAGGGUGCUUGUUGACAGGGCAUCUCGGGGCUCGGGUUGCUGCUCCAGGAUCAGGUCCGCCUCUCGUGGCACAUGGUGAGGUCAGAGGUUAAAGGUCAAAAGGUGAGACAGGCUAUCUGUUCCCAGAGCAGCAAUACUGCUGUGUGAUGCUUCAUGAAUGUGCGCCCUUUCACUCACACACUCAGUUGCCAUGAGGCCAUGUGUUUGUGUUGCUUUUGUCCGAUUUCCAAAGAGCCUAGGAAUGCCCCUGAAGACACACACAUCUCUAGACACACACACACACACACACACACACACACCGCCUGUGGCUUUGUUACGCUGAAAAGUGUAGCUCAGGGACAGGACCAAUCACGGUCCACAUUACUAGCGAGUGCUACAGACACGGCUGUUUCUGGCCCAUUUACUCGGUCUAUUCCAUUCCGGAACCUUCACUGUUGCCAUGGGAUUGGUGGAUACUUUUGAGAGGGUUAGCUGUGAGACUCUUUCUUUGAUGCGUGUGUGUGUGUGUGUGUGUGUGUGUGUGUGUGUGUACAUUUGUUUUUGUGUUUGAGUACCUGGCAGUGUGUUCUGCAUGUCAGUAGGACAAAGUUCUUGACAUUACAAACCAAUAACAGCUGGCGCAUAAACACUUGGGCCUUUUGCUUUUCUCCAUAAAUAGCACAUUGAGCUCAGCCUGAGAUUUCCACAGUGCCAUUUCUGUUCCAUGACUGGUGUGUUUGUGUCCACGUUUGGAAGCGCCCUGAAUCAGCUGUGGGGUUAUGGGAAGUAUCUCACCCAAGGCUGUGCCUUUCUUCUGGGAAAGGAAGACUCGGAGAGUUCAAAGUUAAAUGUGACCCUUGUUCUGCCUCUGAGAAGCGGCCAUGUUUGUGUUGUUCAUGCUCUGCCAUGGCUCUAGGAUACGAUCAAGAAGUACACAAACAACGUCAAGACAUCUGCCUGUGUUUUAAUUCGCAGGGUUAAAUCAGGACAAACAGGGGAAGUGGCCAUGGUCGUCACAGGCUCAGAGAUGUCUAGUGACGGUGAAGUGAUAAUGUGUUAGGCUCUGGCUGAGGUCAGUUUCCAUUUGCAAGCGUUUGGGGAAACUUGAUGACGAGGCGCUUAACAAAACGAAUAUAUGUUCCGAUUGUGGAAGCAAACGGAUGUUUCAGUAGAGAAUUUCUUCUUCUCAUCUGGUCUGUUACCGGACUCAAAAAGCUCUCCCCGUGCACGUCCUCGUAUUUAAGCCUGAAGAUUGAUACCCUUGGUAGUGUGAGGUUGUUUUUUUAUUAUUAUUAUUAUUUCUUUGUCAUCCUUACCCAGGUGUAUGAUUUACCAUAGUAUUACAUCAGUCAAGGUGUGUACAUUUUUUUUUUAUUAUUAUUAUUAUUAUCAUCAUUGAUGGCAAAUGUUGUCAUUGAGGACUUGGUGUCCAGGUUUAUUUUGCAACUUGAAGCUGCUUGAAGCUAAGUAUUAAUGGGUUUGGUUUAAUAACCAAUUAGUCACUUUUUUCCCAUUGUUGGCCCAGAAACUGUUAUUGAAGGGUGUGAAGUGGCAGUGUGUGUGUGUGUGUGUGUUUGAAUGUGAGGAGUUCAGUGUGUUGUCCGCUUCCCUAGCUGCCUCAUUUGGGUUUGAUUGGUGCUUAACCAUGACCCCUUGACCCCUUGUUAACUAAGAGCAUAGUCAUUGCUUGGGCCAAUGGGGGGGGGAGCUGUGAUUUUUAGAACCUAGUGUGGGCAUCAAACCUGCUACAGCAUUAAACUUGCAAUGGUACGUCAUAGAACGUGACGCCUCUGGGUUUAAUACCCACACUAACAUUCUCCAGCUGAUCUAGAGCGGCGUUCCACAGGGCACAAAACACCAAACUCACCUUUUAAGUGCUUCCCUUCAGCUGUGCACUGACAUCGUUCCACUCUUCCAGUCUUUGAUGAUGAUGAUGAUGAUGAUGAUGAUUUGAGCACAAGGCCAGUUUCAGGAUUGACUGUAUCAGAGGUGGAAUGGGUCACCUGACUAGUAUACGGGUUCUAGAAGAGAAGACUUCCUGCUUCUCAUGUCUAUGUCUAUGCAUCACCCGGUGGUGGCGACGGCCCAAACGCCACUGCUGCUCGUUGUCAAGGCUACAGGAACCUGUUCACGGAAUGCACCGUCCACCCCACUAACUGUUUGCCGAGGGAAAAAAAGGUGUGAGGUGUCGUAUCCAUGUCUCGCAUGCCGCCGGCUCUGCAUGAUGCAUGAUGCCAAUGUGUGAGGAGUUCAAAUCUCUCUCCUCCUUCGGACCGUUUUGAUUUGGGAAGAUGCUUUCACUGUAGUGCAAUGUGAUCACUAUACACUUGAGCACUUUUAUUUCAAGCUUGUGAACAUUUAGAUUUGACAUUUUAUGUGUACAAUUGCAACUUGCUUUAACAAAUGAACUUAGCCAUCGUGUUCAGGCCAAGAUCUGUUUGUGCUAUAAUUUAUUUGCGAUUGUUGACUUAUGACUUCUAUUGUAGAAUAACUGUGACGUAAGUGGAUUAAAAUUGCUAAAUUGUGUUAAA